AUGACUGUAGUUCACUUGGUGAGGAAGUGCCCCGCAACAUUUGCGCUUUAUUUCGGGUGUAUUGCACUUUGUUAUCCGGUUUUAGCUCAAGAUGUGGCAGAGAUUUUGGACUUAUCAUCAAAGGGUGAGCUUGGUGGAUCAUCUAACAUAAGCUGCAGUGUUGCUCCGAGUGAAGUACAGGUGGAAUGGCUUUAUAAUGGGGCACCUGUGAAAUUUAAUGAGAGAAUCAAAGAAAACACUGAAGAGAAACUAUUGCACAAAAAAGACUUAGACGGGAACCAGCAGAAAUAUAAACUCAGUAACGUGUCGAUAACAAACACAACAGCCAGCGAUGAUGGGAACUACACGUGUGUAGCGAAACUGGGGGAGAAGAGGUCAGAUAAAAUGGUCCUACUGGAUCUAAGUUUUCCCGGAAAAUUGGUGAGGAACACGGCCGGUCCUAUCAAGCAGAAUGCGUCCGAUCAGGUCAAUGUCACGUUGGAGUGUGUUUUUGAAGUAUAUAAACCCAGCGAAGUGAAAUGGUGGAAACAGGGGAAAGAUGACGAAAUAACAGAUCUUACAACGAAACCGCCUAACAAAAUUAGUCUGAAAGAAAUCCAAAGUAACUACGACCUUCGAAUACACAGUCCCGAAGACAACGGGACCUACAUCUGUCAAAUAUUCGACAAUGUGACGUCACUAAAUAUAACCGGAAACGUUGACGUCAUAGUCUUCGCUCCACCCCAAGUCGUGAUAGACACGGUGAUACCCAUCAGCGCUUCACAACUUUUCGUUAACUGGACAGUGAGGUCGUAUAACUCGCCAAUAAGGUUCUACAACCUAAUGUAUAGGAAAUUACCCUCGACGGAUUUCAGUCUUUACACAAGAGAGAAAAUUGGAGUCAAGAAUAUAUCGUUUGUCAUGGAAGGCUUAGAGAAGUCAACGAAAUACCAAUUAAAGUUGGAAGUGACAACUAUGCACGGUCAGAGCAAGCCACACAUAUAUGAAUCGACCGUUCGGACUUUGGACAAAGAUCCUAUAUUCGUACCGAAUAUUUCCAUCAAUGGAUUUUCGGCGACAUCGGUGACUAUCGGUUGGGCUCCUCCGCCGGAGGAUAUAGCUGAGCUGAUACACUAUUACCUCCUCGAAGCGAGGAAGAUGGGCGAAGUGGCUCCCCGAAGGGCUUAUCACUCGAGGGAUAGUCGUAACCUGCCGUAUAUGUUUGAUAACUUGGAGCCACAUAGCACGUAUGUUUUCAGGGUUUGCGCCUGUUCAGACUUCACAAAGCGGUGCGGCAACUGGUCCAGUGAAAUGCAGGCAGCCACCCUGGACGGAAUACCCGGUCGAGCUGCCAAUGUGACCGUCCAUUGCGCGAGUAGCUGGAUCAAUCUCACCUGGCAGCCUCCUCUGAAGCCCAAUGCUGAGAUUAAAGGAUAUACGAUGGAGUUGACAGGAAACGCCACAUACAGAGACCGGUAUGGCUCCGUCAAGGAAGCCAUGUGGGGCCCACUCACCAAGUUCAAAGCUAAUGAUUCCAGGAGUGUUCGGUUCGAAGAUCUCCAACCGAACACAAACUACACAGUACGCUUGAGUGCGAUGACUCGAACCCGUAGACGAGGUGAAGAAGAGACAAGGUAUUGCUCCACUGCGCCGGCGCCGCCUGAUUCACCACCGAGACCUAGGUGGAGGAAGAUACUGGAGAACGAUAGAUAUAUGUUUACCAUGUAUCUCCCAAGGAUAUCGGAAAGGAAUGGACCCAUCUGUUGUUAUAGAGUGUACAUGGUGCGUCUUCUGCCGCACUCUGAUUGGUCAAACCUGCCUCCUGCCCGAGACAUCAGUGUGCUCCAGUACGAGGAAGCUCAUGCCGUACAGCCCACUUUGGGGGCUUAUAUCACCGAUGUCUUCUCCAAUGAUAGAUUCCCUCCAGACUCAGAAGUUAUUCUGGGCGACGGGAAAUCCAUUUUCGAUAAGGAAGAUCCGGGCAUCGUUCAACCGUCUUGCAAAAGAUGUCUCCGUAAACCGCGUCGGUUCUUAGACGCCCCUGCAGUUCCUAAGACAACUACCACUGUCCCGACUACUAGAGAUGACCUGUUCGAGGAGGAGAUCGAUACUACUGCUGAACCAGAUUUAGAAGAGGAGAAAAGAGAGAGAAGAUCGUACGUGGAGUUUGAAAGAGACUACAUGAAGAACCCAAUGAUGAUGGACAAAUUGGUGGAUGAGGAGCAGGAUUGGGAAGAGGUGAUCGUGAGGGACGGCAUCUUGGAUCCCGCCGCUAACUACACGUUAUUCGUCGAGCUCAUACCGGGCAACGACCAAGACGAGGCCAUCUACAGCGAAUACGUGAACGUGCUGAUGCCCGCUGCCACGCCCCGCCCGUCUACGCACAACGCUACCUUGGAAAUUGCUCUUUUGGUGACGUGCGCGGUGGCCGGCCUAGUGAUUGUGGUGAUGGUGGGAGUGUGCGUGGUGCAGAGCCGAUCUGCGAGGAAACUGCCGCCUCAUCCGCAUCACGCCAAUCUCGAGAUGAAUCCCAUACAGGCGGCGUUGCGAUACGUAGUCGGUCAUAUCGGACGUCAGACGACCGGAAGUGCCACGCCCCCGACUUACCUCCGAUACCGAGAGAUCAGCUUCCCGCCGCAUACGCCGAACGUCAGGCGGACUCUGAUUAUGGCUUCCAAAAGGAAUUCGAGUUGUUGCAGAUGCUGCCCGAGUGUUUCCCGGACAGGACCAGCCACGCCUCCGAAGCUCGAGAGAACCAGCCGAAGAACAGAUACCCGGACAUCAAGGCUUACGAUCAGACCCGGGUGA